CCGAGCCGAGCCGAGCCGAGCCGGACCGAGCGGGCCUGGAGGGAUCCGAGCGGAGUCGCUGCGAUGCCCAAAGCGCGGGCCGGGAAGCGGGCGGAGCGCCGGGAGGGCCGCGCCGGCGGCAUCCUGUUCAACACUGGGGCCGGGCAGCACAUCCUGAAGAACCCCCUCGUGGUGAACAGCAUCAUCGAUAAGGCUGCCCUGCGACGCACGGAUGUCAUUCUGGAAGUGGGCCCCGGAACUGGAAACCUGACAGUAAAAAUGCUGGAGAAAGUAAAAAAGGUUAUUGCAUGUGAAAUUGACCCUAGACUUGUUGGUGAGCUUCAGAAGAGAGUCCAGGGCACGUGUCUAGCAAACAAACUUGAAAUCAAGGUUGGAGAUAUUUUGAAAACAGACUUACCAUUCUUUGAUGCAUGUGUGGCUAAUUUGCCUUACCAGAUUUCUUCACCUUUUGUUUUCAAGUUGUUGCUUCAUAGACCUUUUUUCAGGUGUGCAAUCCUUAUGUUUCAAAGGGAAUUUGCACUUCGUUUGGUUGCAAAACCAGGAAGUAAACUGUACUGCAGACUCUCUAUUAAUACUCAGUUAUUGGCUCGAGUGGACCAUCUGAUGAAGGUUGGAAAGAACAACUUCAGGCCUCCUCCCAAAGUUGAAUCCAGUGUUGUCAGAAUAGAGCCAAAGAACCCACCACCACCUAUCAACUUCCAGGAGUGGGAUGGUCUGGUAAGGAUAGCCUUUGUUAGGAAAAACAAGACACUAUCUGCAGCAUUUAAAUCAAGUGCUGUAGAGCAGUUGCUGGAUCAUAAUUACCGAAUUCAUUGUUCCUUACAUAAUACAGAAAUCCCUGAAAACUUCAAAAUUGCAGAGAAAAUACAGACAGUUCUAAAAGAUACAGGUUACUCUGAAAAACGAGCCCGUUCAAUGGAUAUAGAUGAUUUCAUUCGAUUGCUACAUGGCUUCAAUUCAGAAGGCAUCCAUUUUUCAUAGGUACUGCCAGAAGAAUGAAAGAUGCUGUAUUUUUUCACCAAAGUUUUACCCGGGCCAGAUUGAGUGCAAUGGGACAAACUCCUCAUAAAAGCAAUGAACAGAAUACGGCGUAUAUGCUUGGACUCAAAAUAAAAUGUUAGAUAUGGUUUUAUCACAGACAGUAGGCAAGAAGCUGCUGCUCAGUAUUUUAAAAGCAGUAAAUUCUUUCAGAGCUGAAGUGAGGUGCUGGGCUACCUCAUGACUGUGUUAUUCUCUAAAUAUCCAAAACAUGGAUUGAUGAUAAUUGUAAUCUGUGUUCUCUGAUCAUGGACUUCACCUCAGCAUAUUCAUGCACAGUACUCAAAAGCAGAACACAUAAGGGGUCUGUACAACAAAAAGAAUGUUGCGGUAAUUGUUGCAGUAAUUUUUUUUUUUUUUUUAAUCAAUAGUUUCUGUGUUUGUUUUAAAGUAUAUUUAAAUCCACCCUUUUGAUUUGAUUUGAGAUGCCUGUCCCUCUCAUCCCUCUUGUAACUAUGAGCGCUCCAAGCCUGUUAGUAAUCUUCUGCUCUUAGAGAAUCCAAGUGAGUGUUUCUCAGAAAACAAAAGAAUUUACCUUCUGGGUUUGAUUUACAGAAUUGCCUUUACCCCUUCCUCCUGUGUAGGAAUUGGAAAAAAACCUACCAAUGGGCCAGGGCUCAUAAGUACAGUGGGGAUACAAGCAGCUGUUUUUUAAGGUAACUACUUCACUGUUAAGACAGGGAAAAGUUUGAGCACAGAUCAUAGCUUUCAGUGAGGUUAAGAGCAAUGCAUGCAAAUUAGCAAAACCUCCUCUAAGAAAAACUUUAUUUAUACACAUCAUGAAAUCAUUAAGGUUGGAAGAGGCGUCCUAAGACUUGAGUCCAGCUAGCAGCCCCAUUGACGUCCUGUUUUUUAAGUCAUUGAUUCAGAGGCAUGUAUAAAAAUAGGCAAUCAAAUUUACAGGCAUCCUGAAGCAUUGACUUCAAAAGCUGAAUUGCACGUUGAUUUCAAAAUUUAAUAAUUCAGUAAUUCUAGUGCUGCUUCACUUUGGUUCAUGCAGAACCAAAUGAUGAGUGAGGUAAAUAGCCACAAGGAAUAGUGGUUGGACUAAUACAGAAGGAAGAGUGCUGAAGAUACGUGUCAGCUUCCUUAAUGCUUUUGUUUUACUGAAAAGGAAUCAAGGAUAAGCUUGUCCAAAUUGUGUUCAAGUAAUUUCAGUCCAUUAUGGCAAUGGGCUGCAGAAACUCGAGUGCCACAACCAGCCCUAUCAAUUUUUCUCAAUUCUAACUGCUUCAGUAUCAGUGUAGGUCUGGCUAAGCAGGCUCUAGCACAAAGACUGGCAGUAGACACAGUUUCUGCUUGCGUGUGCUACUUGACAGGACACAUGUAAUUUACAGGGCUUUGUAAAAAGGUGCUGAAAGCUAACUGGUUUUUUUUGUACCCACAGUAAGACACAGCCUCGUUGUGGUGCUAGGCUUGCUUGCAUGGAGGAAUUGUAUAGAAGUCACUGUUACGUCUGUAGGAUGCCGCAGUCUUCAGAAGCUUUUUAGAAAGUAAGAAAUGUCUAGAGCAGCUUCAGGGAAAGCCUCUGAUAUUAUAUAACAUACUAGCCACCUGCUAACAGAAGCUAUUGCUUUCCAUUCCAUUGUUUUUUUCUUUUAGCUGUGAUGGGUGAUGAUCUUAAAAAAAAGUUCAGAAAGAGGUGUGAUUUUUUUUUUUUUUUUUUUUUCAAGAUGUGCAAAACUAAAGUCAGGAGAGUGGUCUGGGGAACUUCUUUUUAUAUACCUUAUACAGAAGAGUUGGCUUUAUUUUGAAAUAAGAGGCCUUUUCAAAAAUGUAACUGAUGUGUUUAUAAAUUCAAACCCUUCCCAAAGCAUAACAAAU